AUGAUGUUCAUGGUGUUCGGAAACUACCACCCUGAUUGGCAAUGUCUUGGUGGCUUUAAACAACAUCAAAAUAGCAGUUUGGAUAAUUCUACAUUAGCUAACCAGACGCUAGAUAUAUUAGUGUUGGAUAGAUGGUUAAAUGAAUCUUCUGGUUUAGAUUUUAAUGACAGUUACUGGAAUAGAUCAACUCCAGGUUCUUGUGAUAGCAUCAAAAUGUGUCAGGAUAUAGGAUUUAAUGAGGGAUCAAACACUAUCGUCACAGAAUGGGAUCUUAUCUGUGAUUUAUCAUGGGUUCAGUCAAUCAUUAUCUUCAUACAAAUGAUUGGUGUUCUUAUAGGAUCCUACUAUGGCAGUUUGAUUGGGGACAAAUGUGGAAGACGAGUCAAUCUUUACAUCAGCGUAGCUUUCCAUACUGUGUUCAGUUUAUUAGCUGCUUUUUCUGUGGACUGGAAGAUGUUUGCUUGUCUUCGUUUCUUUAUUGGACUUACUGUUGGAGGAAUGCUUUCUUGUUGUUUGGUUUAUCCAAUAGAAUUUGUCAGUAAAUGGUGGCGUGGCUUUUUGAGCACUUUUCCUGUGUGGAACUUUGGUGCAGCAACAUUCUCUCUUGUUGUUCUUCUUUUAAAAAACUGGAAACAUGUGCAUAUAGCAACAGCUCUAUUCUCAUUACUUGUGUUCCUCUUGGGGUUCUGGGUUCCAGAGAGCAUGAGGUGGUUAGCCCUCCAAGGAAAGGUUGAAAAAGCCAAGAAUAUUGCCAAUAUGGUGGCUGCGAUGAACCACAGACCGCCGCCAAACACAACAGCUCUUGAAAUCUUUGCUAAGGAAGAGAGAAAGAAGUUGCGAGCUAAAGGCACUCAGUAUGAACAUGUGGUGGACAUGCUAAAGAAAGAUAAAUAUUUCUCACUGUCUCUUAAAAUGGGUCUAAUCUGGGCAUGCAUGUCCCUGAUGUACUACACAAUAAGCUUCGGAAUGAAGUUCCUUGCAGGGAAUUUCUACAUCAAUUUUAUCAUUUUCUCUGUUGCUGAAAUACCAGGAAUCAUCUUUGUGAACCCAAUAAGCAGAAGAUUAGGCCCACGCCUUGGCAGUCUUGUUUAUUUUGUUCUCAUCUUCCUGCCUUGUGUUGGUCUUGUGAUCACCCACUUCAUGGCAUCUGAAGAUAACAAAGGGAAUAUUAUCUUUUAUCUAGCUCUCCUGGCCAAAAUGAACAUUCUUGCUGCAUGGAAAAUGAUGACCAACUUCUCUUCUCUGAUGUAUCCAUCAGAGGUGAGCUGCGUCAGUACUGAUUAUCUCAACACUUGCGCUAGAAUUGGUGCCAUCAUCUCCCCUUUUCUCAUUCCGAAUAUUACUGGGUCUCUGUAUGUCAUGUUUCUUAUUCUGGCUAUUUAUCUCUUGUUGUGCUGUUUGUUUCUUGUAUCCAUACCGCUCAAAAUGAAGGAAUCUAGUGGCGAUGAAGAACAACAAAAAUCUCAAUUAUCAGUCAUUGUUGAAGAGACAGAAUUGGAAGUUAGGUAUUCAGAAUGUGACCAAGACGCUUAA